AUGCCUGAGGAAUGUAUUCAAGAAGUAACUAAGGACACAGUGAUCUAUCUUCGUGCCAUGCAUAUUGAGAACUUUCAACAAGAUUAUGAUGACAUUUUUUAUGCAUCUCUGCCAAAUAGCCCAGUUUUCAAAGGAUAUAUCCUUGUAAUCGAUGGAUGUAAUGCAGGAGAAGUCAUUAUUAAGUGGUUUGUUGAGCAUAAUUCCCUUUGUGCCUAUAUUAUUUCGUUCUCUAUAAUGGAAAAAUAUCGAGGUCAAGGAUAUGGAAAUAAACUUUUCCAAUUCACUAUGGAUAAGACCAAGGAAUGUUUCAGUGUCUAUCUUCAUGUAAGAGUGACUAAUUAUGUUGCUUUAAGUCUAUAUACAAAGUUUGGUUUUGAAGCAAUAGAGAUCAUUGAUGGUUAUUACGAUGAUGAAGAUGGAUAUUUGAUGAUUCGCAAUAAUUCAGUUCCUCAUCCUGAUCCUCCCAUGAAGAAAAAGAUAAUUGAUUUCAAUAAUGUAUUGCAUUUAAUCAAUCAUUUGUUGUUCAAUUAA